GUAUGUACGAACUGAAGGUGGCAAGGUGUACCUGCAGGGUUGCAAGCGUGUAAGUAGUCAAAACGUCCGUUUUGUUUGUGAGCUUUGCUGUUAUGAUGGCCAGCCGAAUGUGGCGGGGCUCUCUGCGGCGAAGUGGGGCAAGUGGUUUGUUGGCUCUGAUUCAGGGGCUGGUCAGAGAAUACUGUGAUGUGUGUACUCCUCGAUCCCUGCAAUUCGCCGCAAGAUUCUCCAGUGUUGCUGCACACUCUCCUGGGCGGAAGUCUCUGGUGCCCGAUUCCAUUGCCUCUCCACAAGACACACGUGAGACCGCCAAGUGUCAGAAGAUCAAAGCCUCUGCCGCAUCAGCAGAGGCCACGCGAUCGAAGGCCACAUUCGGAAGGCUCUACAAGAAAGUGGACGUGCAACGAGAUCCCAACUUGAGUGGCGAGAGGUUGGGAGAUCCAGACCUGAGCAGGCCAUUCACAGUACAGCUUGAUGGGUAUGUGCUUCGAACACCAGCUAAGAAACCCCUUCAUUUCAAAACCGAGGCGCUGGCCCUCGCUGUGGCAGCAGAAUGGGAAAUGCAGCAAGGGCGGGCAGUGCUCCCGUUCACCAUGCCUUUGAUGAAGCUCGUAUCUACGGCGGUCGAUCAAAUGCCCCGGGAUCGCUUGCGCGUGAUCGAGUCUUUGCUGGAGUUCUUUCAUACAGAUGCUCUUUGUUGCCGCGCUCCGGAGCUGUCGAGGCUUGCAGAACGGCAAGCUGAGCUUGGCGACCCUUUGCUUGCGUGGAUUGAGAGAGAAUUUGGUUUCCGCCCCUCCAAAUUCCACAACUUGUUUUGGGUCGAACAACCCCCCGCGGCAGUGGAGGCAAUGAGGAAGGUGCUUCUGGAUAUGGACUUGUGGGAGCUCACUGCUGUAGAUUCUCUUGCCGGCGCUGCGCGGUCCUUGAUAAUUGCGCUUGCUGUCUCACACAAUCGUCUCUCUGUCUCCUCUGCUGUAAAACUGGCUCGCCUCGAAGAGGACUUUCAGGUAGAGGAGUGGGGUUUUGUAGAAGGGGGCCACGAUCUCGACUUGGCAGACAUGAAGGUGCGAAUCACUGCCCCGUCCAUUUUUCUUCGUUUGUUAAGGGCGUGAGCUGUUACAAACUACUGUCUUCACCCGAAUACAACGCCCAGUCAUUACAUCUGUAUUCCUGACAACAACUUUCUGUCCAGAUAUGACGAUAAUGACUGGGCGUCUAUUCGGGUGAAGACAAUGGUCAGCAGGAUUGGCAACUUUUGAUAGGGUUCAUUGAUUUCCUGCCGGGUGCUAUUUCUUAUUUUCUACACCUUACUGUACUUAUUAGAGAGUGUAGGCACAUUCGUUAGCCACAGGUUAUGCUAGAAUGUUAUAUCACACCAUUUGCGUCACAAAGGUGCAGAUUGCUGCUCUGCUUGAUUCCCAGCCAUCCAUCCUUCUGCAUUUGUGGAAGAGGUGGUAGAUCAUAUGUACACAGCAGUUGAGUAAAGAUUUCUCAUCGCAUGAGAGUUUUCGGAACACAACAACUGGAAUAUCGUACGCAAUCAAUGCCACAGGAUUUUCCUGUCGCAGUGACUGCAAGGUAUGUGAGUAAGGAGACAGCCAGCAGGGAAAAUUCGACACAGCUGCACCUGACAAGGUUGUCAAUGCCAUCGAGACUAGAUGGCCGGACAUGUCCUUUGCAAUUUCCACGUGUGCUGCUCCUAGAUGGCCGGACACGUCAUUUGCAAUUUUCACGUGUGCUGUUAGCGCCCAACUACCUCGUCGAGAGACAGCCAUCAGGGAACAAUCCACACAGCUGUUCAUGACAAGCUCCUCAAUGCCAUUGACACAUGACGAUUCACCAGAUCAUCCACGUCUGCCACAUGUGCUUCUCCCGUCAGCAGUCAACUACAUCCGUGGGGAGGCAGCCAGCAGAAAGGAAACAGCUGUUAACUACACGUCCAGUGACAGCCAACAGGGAGCAGUCCACACAGCUAUGUUCAUGACAAGGUCUCCUAUGCCAUUUACGUCGGAUGACCCGCCACAUCACCCACGUUUGCCACGUGUGCUGGUCCCCCGUCAGCAGCCAACCACAUGUCAAAAGGCAACUACUGGGGGGGAACGAUAUACACCUGCUUAUGAUAAAAUGUCAUCGACGCCAUAGACAGCAACCAGAUGGUUCGCCAUGUCGUCCGUGUCUGCCAUGUGUGCUGCUCUAUUCAGCAGCUGACUACACAGAUGGAGUUCUUAGCCAGCAGGAGAUUAUCUACACCUGCUCACGACAAGGUUGUCAACGCCAUCGGCAGGAGAUGGUAUGCCACGUCAUCCACGUCUGUCAUGUGUGCUGCUUUUGUCAGCAGCCAACCAGACGUCCGGAGAAAGCCAGCAGGGAGGGAACAAUCUACGCCCCCACAUGACCAGGCCGUCAGAGUUUUCUGUGUCGUGGCCCUUAAUCAGCACCCAACUACAUGUCAGACAAAACCAUCUAUUUUGUUUGGAGUAUAAGAAAUUAAGAAUGUAGCUCUGAGCUUUGAAGUCUGCGAGAUUUGCUUCUUCCUACUGUUACUGUACUCAUUGAGCAUGGCCAUACUUAUGUACACCACAAUGGUUACCAAUGUCCGAGCCCUCCGUCU